AUGAUUGUAGGAAAAGACACCGUUAUGGUGCGCAAGAGGUACGACAGGCAUGCCAAGGCCAGCUCAAAGGAGCAGGCGGUGGUGAUCGCGGCCAGUGAGCUGAAUCGCUUGCGAGAGAAUGCCAAGCUCUUGACCAAGGAAGAGGAGAUUGAGCAGAAGGAGCGUGAAGCAGAGGCACUUGCAGAGCGGCAAGCCAAAUCCAUUGCGCGGAAGGAGAAGAUUAGGCAAAUGGAAGAAGAGCGCAAGAGGAAUGCAAUCCAGAGCGAGAAUGCAAAGGACGCUCGUGGUCCUAAGGGCGGAGUUCUGGAACGCGCCAAGCAGAUGUUGGAUGAAGACAUGGACGAUGUGAAGCAUAUGAACCAGAUGAUGCUUUACUCCAAGAUUGUCACCAUCAGAGAUGCGCAAAUCCAAGAGAAGCGCAUGGUGCAGGGUGAAAGAGAAGAGGAGGAACGUCAUUUGGAUGCGAUGAUGGAGAUCGAACGCCUCAAGGCACUGAAAAUGUAUGAGGUGCGAGAGCAGGAGCGUCUUCAGAGUCAACGAUCUGGCGCCAAAGUCAUCAUCGAACAGAUCAAGGAUCGCCAGGCGCAGCGAAUGAAGGAGGAGGAACAGCGUGAUCAGGAGCGUGCCUUCGUGCUGAAGCAGAUCGAAUCCUUAAAGGCCGAGGAGGUCGAACAACAGCAACAAAAGAAGCUGGCAGCCGAGCGUCUGAUGCAGGAGGUGAACGAAGCGAACUCAGCCGCUAUGAAGAUCAAAGAGGAGAAGAUGCUGGCGGAGAAGUUGGAAGAACAGAAGAUCAUUGAAUACCAGGAGGCGAAGGAGGCGCGUGAGCGUGAGCUGGAGGCUGAGAAAGUUCGUCUGGCUGCAGACAAGGAGCGGGAGACUGCCCGGCUUCGUGCCAUGCAAGAGAAGGCGCAAGAUAAGGCGGCUGAGAUGGAUGCCUUGCGUGCGAAGCGAGCCAUGGAGGCCGCGGAACGCACUGCGCGGCAGAAGGAGCAGGCGGAGAAGGACAAAAUCGAGCGGAUGAACGCCGAUCUGAAGGAGGCUCGACUUCAGCAGCAGGCCGAGAAGGAGAGGCGCCUGGGUGAACAGGCCAAGUUCGAACGUGAUGAGUUUGAACGAAUCAUCGAGGUGCAGAUGCAGCAGGAAGAAGCCGAGCGACAAAGGCAGGUGGAAGAACACCAGUUGCGAGUUCAACAUUCCCAGGAGCUGCGCCACCAGAUUGCUACGAGAGAGGAGAAGGCCUAUCAGGACUGGUUACCAUCAGAAUCCAUCAGAUAUCUGGGGGUUGGAUGGGCUGGCUUUGGAAACAUCGCCUAUAAAAAUGGAUAA